CCGGCCAAGUCCUCGUCCGCCUGGCGCCUCGCGGUCGUCGUCGCCGCCGUUCUCGGCCUCGUCGCGGGCUACGUCGUGCGGGGCGCGGUCAUGAACGAGACGACUCCCCUCGAGUUACGCUCGGGUGGCCACCCGGCUAGCGGCUCCGGCUCCGGCUCCGGCGAAGAGGUUAUGUAUUUCUUCGCUUCUGGUGCUGAUCCCAAGUAUUCGGCUCACGGCCAC